CCACUCACAAUCCCCCUCGGGAUCAUCCCGAUCUAAUUCCACCCGAGACGAAUCGCAGCCUCCACCUUCUCCUUGUUUUUCCCUCCCGUCCAACCACCGCUGUUGCUCGAAUCCUGCAGGAGCCAGAGCUCCUCUGCCCGUGCGCCUACCUCUCCCGUAGCACCCACGGCACCGAGGUGCACCUCGACCCCGUCGUCGACCCAGCCGCUGCCGGCGAGCAGCAGCAACCAGCAGACCAUCCUGAGCAGCAAGAAGGAGCACGAGCUCCCAUGGCCGCCACCGAGCCGCUCGAGCACCUCCUCCUUCCUCCCGUCGCCUCGCCGCUCCAGCAACCGGGACGCCAAAUUGUCGCCGGAGCCAUCAACAACGCGCCAAGUCCCGUCGCCAGCAGUGCCCCGGCCGUCCUCGUCCAUGCGCUCGAGACAGCGAGCGAGGACCUCGCUGCGUCCCUGGUCUCCUCCGAGUGCCGCCCCUUUGCGUUCUCCACCGCGGUCGAGCCGCCCAAGUCCCAGGACGCCAUGGUCGGCCUCCUCUGUUCGAUCCCCAUCGCCCCGCCAAGUUCCAGUGUUGUGUUCUGCUCCGUUCCCGGCCAGUCCGCCGUCCUGGAGAACCGCGCCCCUUCCGGACGUCCCCUGCUUCGCCUUGGUCCUCGCUGGUUCCCCACGUCGCCUCCCCAUGCCCUGAAGACCGCCCCUGCCUGCACUUUUGCCACCUCCAGGUCCCGUUGCGCCUCUGUUCGAGAGGAGGACAACGUGGUCGACGCCCGCGUUGACUGCGCCUCACCCGCGAGUGGCUGCCAUCUGGGCUCUAAGGCCUAGCAGCCCCCACGCCAGCACCUGGGCCAUCGUAGCCAGUGCCCCUGGCCCAGCUUCAGCGGCCGCGUGGGCCACUAGCAAGCAGGCCCAGCUCCCUUGGCCCAUGGUGAGGCGCCCCCAGCAACGCCUCGUUUGUUUUUUUUUCUUCUACUCAGUUGGCCCAACUUGCACCAGAUUUGUCCCAUAGAUGUUUUUUUAGUUCUGUGAAUUUUACUAAUUUUCCUUCACAUGCAUAAUUACAGAAUAUGCCAUCAUUUUAAAAAUGCUCACACCUAAAUAACCGUGCAUCAGUUUUAAACAAACUUAACAUGAAAGUUGCUUAGAUUUUCAUCUAGUUUCAUAAUAUGUAACUUUCAUCCAUGUUUGAAAUGUUUAAAUUGUUGUUUGAUUAAAUUUUGCUCAUAUGUCAUGUUAAAAUGU